GUUGUGUUUCUAAUAAUAAUAAUAAUAAUAAUAAUAAUAAUAAUAAUAAUAAUAAUAAUAAUUUAAUAAUAAUAAUUCAUUAGACACUUGGGAAGUGUCCGAUGGGUGAUCCAAUUCAACAGCCAGCAGAGUGUCUGCUGUGGACUCACCUUAUUGUGUUUCAAAUAAUAAUAAUAAUAAUAAUAAUAAUAAUAAUAAUAAUAAUAAUAAUAAUAAUAAUAACUGGACAACUUGGACAGAAAAACAAGAAAACUCAUGACCAUUCAUCAUUCACUGCACCCUCGCAGUGAUGUUGACCGGCUAUAUCUGCCUAGAAGAUCAGGGGUCAGAGGACUCUUACAAGUCAAACAAGCCGUCAAAGAAGAAGAACAUGCCCUGGCAGAAUAUGGAAAGCAAAGUGAAGAGCCUGCUUUGAUUGAAGUCAAAAAUCAGAAACUCCUCAAAGCUGUAGGUAUUCAAUCUCAGAGUUGUAAAGUGCUUAUUAGAGAAUCGGGUCAGCAACCCAACUUUCAAGUCACGAAGCUUUUAUCCCCUAGGCCACUGGAGGCUACUACUUGAGAGAUGCAACAGUCUUUCGGGUUGCUUAGGUCAACAACGAGCUGGGGCUAUUUAAUGGUCGGGCACUCAAUCCGACCCAGGGUUCAAACUCAGGUCAGUAGUGAUUUAUUGCAGCUGGCUACUAACCAGCUGCGCCACAGCCCGGCUCUUCACAGUAACCGCCGGUUAAAAAUAAUAAAAUACGAGCUGCAAAGGGCUUAUUAGAGAAUCUGAAGGUCCUCAUAAGUAUUAUUAAACACUAGCUGUGCCCGGCCACGCGUUGCUGUGGCGUUGUCUGGUGGUGUCUGUAUUUUAUAGGCAAUACAGAGGCCUAAGUGAGGCCUAACUUUGCCUGUCCCCUGGGCUGAGUAGGUUGCUAGGAGACCAAGUGGGCAGAGCUUAGCCUUCUAACUGGCAGCAAUUGGAUAAAAAACAAUUAUUCCUCUCCCUCUAAUGAGGACUUUAUUUUUCUUUUCUUUUUGUUGUAUCAACCUAGAGGCGUGGAUGAGGGGUUGUGUUGUCAAUUUUCGAGGUUGGGGGGCCUGUAGUUUUGUUGUUUUGUGGGUCGCCAGGAUUCCAUCACUCUUUUAUAUAUAUAGAUGGUCGAAGGCUUGUUGGAUGGACUUUUUCUCUCGCUCCUUCCCUCCCAGGCGGCGGCUGCCACCCCGGUCCACCGCCAGGGCUACUGCGCCUUCUACGGCGACUGCGGCAAGAACCCCGAGGUCAACGGGAGCCUUCUUCAGGGCAACACGGUCCCCUGCGUCUCCAACACGCCGGCCCGCCUCCUCUCGGGGUCCCACCUGCAGCGCCUGCGCAGCGUCUGCCCGGUCCUCUUCACGGGCACGGACUCCACCUUCGCCUGCUGCUCGGAGGCCCAGCUGUCCGCCCUCGAGAGCAGCCUGCGCGUCUCGCGGGUGAUCCUCUCCCGCUGCCCCUCCUGCGCCGAGAACUUCGGCAACCUCCACUGCCAGAACAUCUGCUCCCCGGACCAGAGUCUCUUCGCCAACGUCACCCGCACCUUCGCCCACACUUUCUCCAACGGCAGCCAUGCGCUGGGCGUCCUGGAGUACCAGUGCUUCUACGACCAGGCCUUUGCGGACGCCACGUACGACUCUUGCAAAGGCGUGCGCAUCCCGGCCACGGGUGGCUUCGCGGUCGGCGCCAUGUGCGGCAAGUACGGGGCGACUCUCUGCAACACCCAGCGGUGGCUGGACUACCAGGGCGACGUCAGCAACGGCCUGGCUCCGCUGGCCAUCGACUUCCGCCUGGUGACCCCGGGCUCCCCGGCCCCGGCGGGUGGCAUCGUGCCCUUCAACGCCACAGUCUGGAGCUGCGGGGAGCCCGUGGGCAACGGCACCGGCGAGAAGUGCUCCUGCCAGGACUGCGCUCGAUCUUGCCCGGCGAUCGAGGCCCCGCGGCCUCCUGCAGCGCCCUUCCAGGUUGGGCUCCUGAGUGGAGUCCUCUUCCUCUGCCUCCUGCUCUUCAUGGUCCUCUUCGUUCUCUUCGUGGUGGCCCUGAGCUGCCAGCGCUGCUCCUCGUCACCACGAGGGAAGUCCAAGGGUCAGGGCGGGCCGUGGGAGAAGACGGCGGGGCCAGGAGGCCCUCAAGAGCCCCAGCCCAGGCUCCCUUGUUCCCAGAAGAUCGGCCGGGCCACCGACAGGUUCCUGUCCAGGGUCUUCAGGAGCUGGGGCACGCUGGUGGCCUCCUACCCGCGCACGGUCAUCAUCAUCUGUGUCCUGGUGGUGGUGGUCCUCUCCAGCGGCCUGGCCUCCGUCCAGAUGACCACGAACCCCGUGGAGCUGUGGUCGGCCCCGGACAGCCAGGCCCGGCAGGAGAAGGCCUUCUACGAGGAGCACUUCGGCCCCUUCUUCCGCACCAACCAGGUCUUCCUGACGGCCCGGAACCGUUCCGGCUACAGCUACAACUCUCUGGUGAUGGGCCAGAGCAACUUCAGCGGCGUGCUCUCCAUGGAGGUGCUGCUGGACCUGCUGGAGCUGCAGCAGCGGCUGCAGGGCAUCGUGGUCUGGUCGGAGGCCCACGGGCGGAACGUCUCGCUGAAGGACGUCUGCUACGCCCCGCUCAACCCGCAGCAGCCCUCCCUGACCGACUGCGCCCUCAACAGCCUCCUCCAGUACUUCCAGAACAACCGGACGCGGCUGGAGAUGACCGCCACCCAAACGCUGAAGGGUCAGACCAGCACCGUCGACUGGAGGGACCACUUCCUCUACUGCAUCAACUCCCCGCUCUCCUUCAAGGACAUCACGGCCCUGGGGCUGAGCUGCAUGGCCGACUACGGGGCCCCCGUCUUCCCUUUCCUGGCCGUGGGGGGCUACUCAGGGCUGGACUACUCCGGGGCGGAGGCCCUCAUCCUGACCGUCUCCCUGAACAACUUCCCCUCCAGCGACCCCCGCUUUGACUUCGUGAUGCUCUGGGAGGAGCAGUUCCUCAAGAUCGUGCAGGAAUUCCAGAGGGAACAUGCCCACCGCUACAACGUCGCCUACAUGGCGGAGCGCUCCUUGGAGGACGAGAUCAGCCGCUCCACCUGGGAGGACCUGCCCAUCUUCGGCCUCAGCUACCUCCUGAUCUUCGUCUACAUAACCCUGGCCCUGGGCCAGUACUCCACGUGCAGGCGUGUCCUGGUGGACUCCAAGGUGACGCUGGGCCUGGGGGGCAUCCUGGUGGUGCUGGGAGCCGUCCUCUCCUCGCUGGGCUUGUACUCCUACAUCGGGGUGCCUUCCUCCCUCAUCAUCCUCGAGGUCGUGCCCUUCCUGGUCCUGGCCCUCGGCGCAGACAACAUCUUCAUCUUCGUGCUGGAAUACCAGAGGGCCGAACCCCAGCCGGGGGAGACCAUAGAGGAGCGAAUCGGGAGGGUCCUGGGAGAGGUGGCACCCAGCAUGCUUCUCUGCAGCCUCUCGGAGGUCAUCUGCUUCUACUUGGGAGCCCUGAUCCCGAUGCCGGCCGUCAAGACCUUUGCCCUCUAUGCCGCCCUGGCCGUCCUCUUUGACUUCCUGCUCCAGAUGUCGGCCUUUGUGGCCCUCCUGGCCCUGGACGUCCGCCGGCAGGAGGACUCCCGCCUGGACUUCUGCUGCUGCUUCCGCCUGGAGCCGGACGGAGGGUCCCCCGAGGAGAAGCGGCACGAGGCGCGCCUCCCGGCCUUCAUGCGCCGCUUCUAUGCGCCCGUCCUGCUCAACGGCUUCGUCCGGUUCCUGGUGGUGCUGCUCUUUGCCGGCAUGUUCUGCGUGGGCAUCUUCUUCAUGCUCAACGUCCAGGUGGGGCUGGAGCAGGAGCUGUCGGUGCCCGAGGACUCCUACAUGCUCCAGUACUUCCAGGCCCUGAACCAGUACCUGAUGGUGGGCGCACCCACCUACUUCGUCACCACCGGCGGAUACAACUUCUCCACCGUCCCAGGCAUGAACGGGGUCUGCUCCAGCUCCGGCUGCGACGAGGACUCCAUGACCCAGAAGAUCCAGUACGCCACCAGCUUCCCAGAGCAGUCCUUCCUGGCCAUUCCGGCCACUUCCUGGGUGGACGACUUCAUCGACUGGCUGAACCCUUUCUCCACCUGCUGCCAGAUCCAUAGUUUUGGCCCCAAAAAGGGCCAGUUCUGCCCGUCCACCAACCUCUCCCUGACCUGCCUGCAGAAGUGCAUGGGCAUCCCCACGGGCACCCUGCGCCCCACCGAGGAGGAGUUCCACCGCUUCCUGCCCUGGUUCCUCCAGGACCUGCCCAACCUGAAGUGCUCCAAGGGGGGUCUGGGGGCCUACGACACGUCGGUGAAGCUGGGAGCCGAGGGGCAGGUGCUGGCCUCCCGCUUCAUGGCCUACCACACUCCGCUGAAGAACUCCCAGGAGUACACGGAGGCCCUGAAGGCGGCCAGGGAGCUGGCCAAGAACAUCACGGCCGGACUGCGGCAAGUGCCCGGCACCGACCCCGACUUCCAGGUCUUCCCCUACACCAUCACCUACGUCUUCUAUGAGCAGUACCUGACCAUCGCCCUGACCGGCCUCAUCAACGUCAUCCUCUGCCUGGUGCCCACCUUCGCCGUCUGCUGCGUCCUGCUGGGCAUGGACAUCCGCUCCGGCGCCAUCAACCUGGCCACCAUCGUCAUGAUUGUGGUGGACACCGUGGGCGCCAUGACCCUCUGGGGCGUCUCCUACAACGCCGUCUCCCUCAUCAACCUGGUGGCAGCGGUGGGCAUCUCUGUGGAGUUUGUCUCCCACAUCACCCGCGCCUUCGCCAUCAGCACACAGCCCAGCAAAGUGGAGAGGGCCAAGGAGGCCCUGGUCAACAUGGGGAGUGCGGUAUUUGCCGGCGUGGCCUUGACCAACCUUCCGGGGAUCGUGGUGCUGGCCUUUGCCAAGGCGCAGCUGGUGCAGCUCUUCUUCUUCCGCCUCAACCUCCUCAUCACCCUCCUGGGGAUGCUCCACGGCUUGGUCUUCCUCCCGGUCAUCCUCAGCUACUUCGGGCCGGGGGUCCGCCUGUCGGUGCUGCUGGACCAGAAGGAAGCCCUCCCGCCGGACGGCCCCUUGGGCGUCAUUGAGAACCCGGCGGCCUUGGAAGACAAGCAGGAGCCCCCCAGGGACCAGUGACCCCCCGCUCAAAGGGGGGGGGGCUUACCCCGAAGGAGGCGCCCCUCCCCAACAGUUACACUGGGAGGCAGGGGUCUCAGCACAGAAGACCAGCCAAAGCAGAGGCCCAGGAGACCAAGCAUCACUCUUCCAAGAUGGAAGGAUGGGGAAUCCGCACCCAGAGCCAUGCAUCCCAGCCCUGGAGGCAGCGUUGGAUGGAAACAGCACAUUUCUGCCUCAGGAGCCCUGUUUUCUUUGCAACUGUACUUUUGUCCAGACACAGACUCUACUCAUUGAACAGAAUAGCUUUAUUGUCAUUGUGCUAUUGCUCACACACACACCACAAAAACAACACACAUCCCUCCACUGUGAAGCCUUGGAGUUCAGCAUAGCCACAGCUCUAGGAUAAAAGCUAUCAUUCAGUCUG